UGCUCUUAGAAAAGCCAUUUGCCUUCUUCGUCUCGACUCUGGAUCGAAAUUGAUAGACGCUGCUGGUUUUUACGUUGGGUGGGUGCUCCAAGAAAGCAGAGAGCGAGAGAGAGAGAGAGAGAGAACUUGGAGCAUCCCUGUCGAAUUCGAUGGAAGAUGGUGGAAGAAAAGGGUCGUCGAGUCCGCUGCUCGAAUCGUCUUCCGUUUCUCCGCCGGCCGCUGGAUCUGCUUCGUCGAUUCAGACUCUAGGCAACAUCAUCGUCUCCAUUGUCGGGACGGGGGUUCUGGGCUUGCCUUUCGCUUUCAAGAUCGCCGGUUGGCUUGCGGGUUCAGUUGGGGUUAUGAUCGCCGGUGCUUCUACUUACUAUUGCAUGCUUAUUCUUGUUCAAUGCAGAGACCAAUUGGCAUCUCAAGAAGAGUCGGCUGAUGUAAAAACUUAUGGGGACUUGGGUAGUAAGUGCAUGGGAAAAGCUGGGCGCUACCUCACUGAGUUCCUCGUAACGAUUUCUCAGUGUGGAGGAGCUGUGGCCUACCUUGUAUUCAUAGGACAGAAUCUUGCUUCCAUAUUUAAAGGCCAUGGACUGACUUUUGCGUCUUUCAUAUUUCUGCUGGUGCCGCUUGAGAUUGCUCUCUCAUGGAUAAGCACUCUAUCAGCAUUGGCGCCCUUUAGCAUCUUUGCCGAUGUAUGCAAUGUCAUAGCCAUGGGGUUUGUGGUGAAAGAAGAUAUACAGCAAGCUUUAGGCGGUCAAUUUUCGUUUAGUGAUAGAAAAGCUUUCUCCCCAAAUAUCGGGGGUCUGCCGUUUGCGGGAGGAAUGGCUGUCUUCUGUUUCGAGGGGUUUGGAAUGACAUUGGCAUUGGAGGCAUCAAUGAAGGAGAGAAGGACGUUCCAAAAGGUGCUCGGUAAGGCUCUUACGGGCAUAAUACUUGUGUACGUUUUGUUCGGGUUCUUCGGUUACAUGGCUUACGGCGAUGAGACGAAAGACAUUAUCACGCUUAAUCUUCCCCGAGCUUGGACAACAGUGGCUGUCCAGAUUGGUUUGUGCUUGGGGCUGGCAUUCACAUUCCCUAUCAUGUUACAUCCGAUCAACGAGAUUCUUGAAGAUCAGUUGAAAAGGACCAAAUGUUACCAGAAGCUUCUUGGCGACGAGCUCACUUGCUCGAAAAGAAAGAUAGGGAACUGCGCGGUUUACGUGCUCCGUUCUGCGGUGGUGUUAGGAUUGGGGGCAUUGGCAUCUUGCGUGCCGGGAUUCGGAACCUUUGUCUCCCUCGUGGGGAGCACCGUUUGCGCGCUUCUCUCGUUCGUUUUGCCGGCCUCGUUCCAUUUGUUACUGUUGGGUCCUUCCCUGAGACUCUGGCAAAAGGCUCUGGAUGUUUGCAUUUUGAUGUGCGGGCUGCUCUUUGCUGUGUAUGGUACUUACAACGCUGUGGCCGGAGUCUGAAGACAUGUUGAUGGGAAGUCGUCUGGUAGAGAAGAAGAAAUCAAUUGUUACAAAUGGAAGGUGUACAUUUUUAACUUUUGGGGCAGAAAGAAGAUGCUUCACCAACCAAUUUCGCACCGAUACCGAUGCCUUGGAGGGAGGAUGUGUAUGUACUUCAUGCAUUUUGGUCCUAAGCUGUUGUAACAUUAUUGAACAUUCCUCCUCCUCCUCCUCCGCAA